GCCCUACGUGACAUCACCAGCAGCGCUGUCCCAUAGCAGGCAGCGGCGGCCGCGGUGCUGCCGGAGUCCGGAGCUCGGACGUGGAGGCAGGCAGGCCCCGGGCCGGAGCCAGCAUGGAGGAGGCCCAGGCCGGGCAGGAGCUGCGGGUCGGCUCGUCGGUGCCGGUGCUCGUGGAGCAGGUUGUGAACGACACGCUGGUGGUGAGCCUGAGCUGCGGGAACAGGACCUACAGCGGGAUCCUGCUGGACUGCACCAAGAAAUCGGGGUUGUUCUGUGUGCCACCAACUCUAUUUCCAAAGUAUGAUGACCCUCCAACCAAUGGUACUUCUAAUGACAUUUCUGAAGAUGCCAACACAACACAUCCAAUGUCUGGAAUGCCUCUUCAAAAUGUUGACCUUCCUAUGGCAAGUAACACAGAUCAAGUUCCCCCACUAAUUCCUCCACCCGGGACUACUCCUUGCUACCCACCUUACUUUGAAGGAGCCCCUCUUCCCCCUCCUUUGUGGCUGAGAAAUUCCUACAACCAGUGGGUUCCUCAGCCACCUCCAAGGACUAUAAAAAGGACAAGAAGAAGAAUGUCAAGAAACAGGGACUCGGGGAGGCUUAUAAUGAGUACCAUAAGAUUAAGACCACGUCAAGUUCUUUGUGAAAAAUGUAAGAACACAUUAAAUUCUGAUGAGGUUAAGGGGGAGAAACAAAAAUCUUCAAACGGCAGAAAGCAUCAUAUGGAGGACAAAGCGCAAAGUAAGCUUGAAUCUGAUGAAAUCAAAUCUAAAAAGGAGUCAAUAAAGGAUUUGGUGCAUAGAAGUCCAGUUAUUAAGAUAUCUUUCAGUACACCUCAGGGUAAAGGAGAAGUGGUUAAGAUUCCAUCUCGUGUGCAUGGUUCUGUGGAACCAUUUUGUCCAAAUCAGACAUUACAAAAUGGAAGUAGGGACCAAGACUUGCCCAAAGAUGAUAGCCUGCAAACUCCAAAAAAACUAGUGGAUGAAUCAAACGGCAGUCAAAUGGCUUCCAUUCCAAAACUAAAGUUGACUAAGCCCUUGCAUUCCAGAUUAGAAGUUCCACCUCCCAAAAUUAGAAUUAGACCUCAAAGGACUAAUGGCAGAAAAAGUGUUUCAACCUAUAAAUCUGAACUAAUCGAUGGUAUAGACGUUCACCAAAACAGCAGGAGAUCGGAUAGCCAUUUGUCACUUCUCUGUAUGGAUGAAUGCUCAGAUAGGCGAUUCCACGAUGCGUCUCUCGGGAGUUCAGGCGAAGACGAUGAUUUUAAAGGUUUUCGGCACACAGAAGGACCAAACUUAAAUUUGGUUAUGAAUUACAGAAAAAGAAAAGCAGAUUCAUCUUGUGCAUCCUUAUGCAGUAAUGAUAGUUUGGAUGAAUCAAAAUCUUCUUUGGACUUAAACGCCAUGGGAUAUUGUGAUCUUAUACCUGGUGAUGAUCUUUCGGUUUCCUCUUCCAAAGAUGAACAGAAAACUCUCCCUCCACUGACUGUUCGGUUGCAUACUAAGAGUGUGCCCAACUGCAUCACUGUAGAAGGAAAGACCAUUUCAGUAGGAGACAUUGUAUGGGGCAAGGUUCAUGGCUUUCCUUGGUGGCCUGCACGUAUUCUAAGUAUUAAUUUGAAUCAGAAAGAGGAUGGUGAGCCAGCUUGGCACGAAGCAACCGUUUCAUGGUUUGGUUCUCCGUCAACAUCCUGUUUGUUAAUUUCAAAGCUGUCUUCUUUUUCUGAAUUCUUUAAACUCAGAUUUAAUCGUAAGAAGAAAGGUGUGUAUCGUAAAGCUAUUACAGAAGCUGCCAAGGCUACUGAUCAUGUUACUCCAGAAAUUAGGGAUCUGUUAAUGCAGUGUGAAACGUAACAUCAACACCUAUCUAUGGCAGUCUCUACCCCACCCCCAAAGAUGAGAGAAUCCCGAGCACAGCUGUUCUCCUAGAGUUUCACUAGGCCUGAAAACUCAUGCAGUAGAUAUCUUUCUGACAAGCAAAUGAGUUAUCUUGUCAUCUGUGAAAGAUGGGAGUCACAUGGACCACAGUCACUACAGAGCUGACAUGAGGAAUUCUCAAGGACGUUGGAGCGCAAAGAAUGCUCUGUUUUUAUUAUUAGGGAAGAAGAAACUUUUAAAGCAAAAAAAGAAAUAAAAGCUAUUUAUUACCGAAAAAAAGUUUUACUUUUGUUAAAACUGAAACAAAAUGUGCUGCUGUUUUUAGUUCAUUGGUAUUAGACUGAAGCUACACACCAUAAUGAAAUUGAACUA